GUUAGGUCAUUAAUAAAUCCUUUUAACAAUGUGGGAGGAUUAGUGUAUCAAUAUAAGUAAAUCUUCACCUGCCUCUAAACCAAUCAGCAAGCAACCAUCAUCACAUCAAACUACAUUAAAAUGUCUAAAGGAGUACACAAGGAUCAUGUUCUGGACUUGGCCAAUGGAAAACGAGGCGUCUGGCUGGUCAAAGUACCAAAGUACGUGGCCAGCAGAUGGGAAAAGGCACCAGGCAACAUAGAAGUAGGAAAACUAAGAAUCGUAAAGCCCCAAGGUCAAAAAGCACAAGUAUCAUUAACCCUCUCCGACAACAUAAUGAAGAUGAACGAAGCUGGAGAGGAGAGCAUCCCCAGAGAUCACACCCUGAAUGUCUCCACAGUCACCCAACAAACCUUGGGGGUGUUCUCACACUCAACAGCUAGCUCGGACCUUCCACAAUCUUCAACUGAGAAGUUGUACAUGGAAGGUAAGAUAGUACAGAAACUGGAGUGCAGACCACACGCCGACAACACUUACAUGGCGUUGAAGAAGCAGUGCAUUAAAGAAGCUUCAAUACCAACAAGGCAAGUGGUGCAGCUGGACCGCAUUGUCCAGACCUACAAACCAGUGUCUAACCACAAGAACAACAUCGAGUACAUGGAGAGGAAGAAGGCCGAGGGCAAGAAGUCACGUGAGGAUAAGGAUGCUGUCAUGGAACGGUUGUUUGCUGCAUUCGAAAAGCAUCAGUACUACAACAUUAAGGAUCUGGUCAAGCUUACCAACCAACCGGUUACGUAUCUGAAGCAGAUUCUUAAGGAGGUCUGCAACUACAACAUGACCAAUCCGCACAAGAACAUGUGGGAGUUGAAGCCUGAGUUUAGGCAUUAUAAAAAGGAAGAGGAAGAGGAUGAUGAAUAG